AGGGCAUUAUCAAUAUUUGCUCCAAUUGUACCAACCUCUCGAACGUGAUAUACAGUGACGAUGGAGGUACAACGUGGCACCUUGGAGCUGAAACAUCCUCAUCUGAAGAUUCUAGUGGUUUUCCUAUUCACCCUAAUGAAGUCCAGGUUGCAGAGCUUGAAGAUGGCACUCUGUACAUGAAUUCUCGCACACUAAAUCCUCUCCAUCCAAGGGCUCAUUGCUAUAGUUUUGAUGGUGGUCGGACACUUUCAGCUAUUCAGCUUGACAUGACUCUUAUUGAACCAGGGUUCAAGCGAAGAAAUGGGGCAUGGGUGCCUAGUUCAACAGGUGGCUGUGCUGGAAGUGUCAUCUCUUUUGGUAUCGGCCAUCACAAAGUUUUAACUCCCCAUCGCAACUGGCUUGUAUUUUCAAACCCAGUGGACUCUGUUGAGCGUGUUAAUCUUGGAAUGCGUCUUUCUGUGGAUGGUGGUCUCUCCUGGAGUAAACCUUGGAUACUCUUUCCACACAAGUCUGGUUAUUCAGACUUAGUUUACUUUGAGACUCGUUUUGGUGGAAAACUUGAGCAUAACUUUGCUGUUUUGUUUGAAGGUGGAAGCUUAAACUUUUUUGAUCACAUUAAGUUUCAAACGUUCAAUCUGCAAGCUUUAUUAAAAAACAUUUAUGAACAAAAAGAAAAAGAAGGUAGUUGAAACAAAUCAUAUUUUGAAACACUUCAUAGACAAAUUAUAACUAUGAUUUGUUCAAGACAAAAGAAAAGGCAUUUGUUUUGAAUUAUUAAUCAUUUGAAAAUAACCAAAGUUGGCAAAAUUUUGCAUACUGUUGUAGUUUUAUUACUACAUCAGCACAAACAGAGAAAAUCACACAAAAGAUGAUGCUCAUCUUAAAGGCAGUGGACACUAUUGGUAAUUACUCAAAAUAAUUACUAGC